GAAACAAAAACCUCCGCCUUUCCCUUCUGUGAAAGAAUUGUGAAGCAGAAAAGCGCGCGCAACCCGUUGCUAAUAGCCAGGAGGUUUCUUUUUAUUUGUCAGGCUUCAUAAGGGGAAAAAAUGGGUUCCUUCUCCUUUAAACCUCCCCACCGCCCACCCAAGGAGGAGCUAUGCUUCCCAUCCCAUAAUGCUCGGCUUCUGUUCCCCGCACACCCCUCAAGAUGGCUGCCGUUACUCGCUGGUGCAAAAGGUUUUGCAAAACCGGUAAGGGCAAGAUCGCUGUUGGGGAAGUUUUGUUCUCCUGCAGAUACUGCUUGCUAAGAACUGCCCCUUGCACGCCUUGCAUUUUCUCCCCUUCCUCUAGUCUCGUGGGGAUCCAGUGCCCUACGUCUCGCCCUGUUGAAAUCCAGAAUCUUAAUACUGUAAUUUUCUUCCCACUCCACCAUCCGAGAUCCAGCAUGUGGCAUUUCUGGGGUGGUCUUUCUUUUUUUUUAAUUGGACAGACUCUGUGGCGUGUCCAGUCAUUCAUUUCAAGGCUAAUAAGGUGUUGCAGAACUAAAGGCAGCUGCAUCCGUUCUUUAAACCCGUGCAGCGCUCGAAGGACUCUUGUGGGGAGCGCUAGGCUCAAAGUUCUCAGAAAUUCGGGUUUUGACCGCAACCCAGACUUGCCUUUACUCAGAUGUGUGAUCGAAUUUGUUGUGGCAAGGAAAAUUACCCAGUCUGGCACUGAAGUGGAAGUGAAGUUGGUGGGCAUGCAGAUUGCGCUAUCGUAGAAUUAUAGAACUGGAAGGGACCACCAGGGUCAUCUAGUCCAACCCCCUGCAAUGCAGGAAUCUUUGGUAGAAAAUAGAUUUAGUUAGGUCUCUUAAAAUACAUACUCUAUCAUUUGUCAUUCUUGUGAAAUGUAUUAUUGGCCAUUGGAAUGUUUGUUGAAUAUGGUAACAGUCUGGAGAAAAUCUUCCCAUAAUGGGUUUCCUACCUGAGGCACCCAAAAUGCAGACUGUCUCUAAAAAAUAUGAAUGGGAGGCAGUCCUAAGUUCUUUGUGCCUCUGAUACCAUAACAGCAAAAAUAAUGUUCCUUACCACUUUGUCCCUUGCUAUUAAUUACCGUAUUUUUCGCCCUAUAGGACGCACCUAGUUUUUUGGGGGGGGAAAUCAAGGAAAUAAAUUUUAUCCCCCCCCCCCAGGUUUGCACAGCCAUCCCCAAGCUAGAAAAGGGAGAUGGAGCGCUCCGUCUCCCUCUUCUGCCUUCAGGGACAGCCUCUCUAGCCUCUGUGGGGCAGCGGCUUGCCCCGCUGUCCCCCGAGUUUGUGGGCCUGGCGGGGGGAGAAGCAAGCUUGCUUCUCCCCCCGCCAGCCUCCAGAUCAGGUCGGGGAAUAGCGGGGUGGCGGUGCUCCGCCUCCCCGCUAUCCCCCGAGCUUGUGGGCUGCAGGCUGCUGCCUGCAAGCCUUGCGAGCCCGCGGGUCCUCCCGCCGGGCUUGCAAGACUUGCGGAUAGCUUCCUGAAGCCUGGAGAGCGAGAGGGGUCGGUGCGCACCAACCCCUCUCGCUCUCCAGGCUUCAGCGAAAGCCUGCAUUCACCCCAUAGGACGCACAAACAUUUCCCCUUCAUUUUUGGAGGGGAAAAAGUGCGUCCUAUAGGGCGAAAAAUACGGUAUAUACUCAGAAUUUACAUUUACUGUAUUUUUCCAUGUAUAAGAUGAGCUUUUUUGACCCAAAAAUGAGGUUCAGAAUUUAGGGUCGUCUUAUACACAGGUGGGGGUGGGGUGGGGUGGGGAUGACGGGCCAAUCGCCACUUAAAAUCUCGGGUUCGUGCUUCAUUCCAGCGGAUGAGCGAUUUUCAGCAUUGGCCACUUGAUUGUUGCAAGGGGGGGAUGCUGAAAAUCGCUCACCCGCCGGAACGCAGCACACAACCGCUCGCGUCUCAGAAACCACCUAUCAGCUGCCUGAUUGCCGCCAGCGGCCACCAAUCACACUCCCGCUUGCUGCGACAAGGGCAGCUGUCUGUUGGCUGCUGCAGCGACAAUCGGGAGGGCUAAUGGCAGCGAUCAGGCAGCUGAUAGGUGGUUUCUGAAACGCAAGCAGUUGUGUGCUGGAUUCUGGCUGGUGAGCGAUUUUCAGAAUUCCUCCCCAAAUAACCCCCCAAAAAGCUCAGUCCUCCCCUGUUUUCUAAUAUAAGGUAAAGGGACCCCUGGCCAUUAGGUCCAGUCGUGGCCGACUCUGGGGUUGCGGCGCUCAUCUCGCUUUAUUGGCCGAGGGAGCUAGUGUACAGCUUCCGGGCCAUGUGGCCAGCAUGUCUAAGCCGCUUCUGGCGAACCAGAGCAGCGCACGGAAACGCCAUUUACCUUCCCACCUAUUUAUCUACUUGCACUUUGAGGUGCUUUCGAACUGCUAGGUUGACAGGAGCAGGGACCAAGCAACGGGAGCUCAUCCUGUCGCCGGGAUUCAAACCUCCGUCUUUCUGAUCGGCAAGUCCUAGGCUCUGUGGUUUUAACCCGCAGCGCCACCCGCGUCCCUCAUUUUGUAAUAUAGGGGUCAUCUUAUACAUGGGGGCGUCUUAUAGACAGAAAAAUAUGGUACUUCCCUAGUACCAUUAGGAAUAGGCCAUACUGUUGUUCCUCCAGGCCAUUAACAUUUGGUAAACACCCCACUCAAGCUGUGUUAAGAAUUCCUGUGUGCAUACACAUUCAAAAUUGCGCUUUCGAACCUGUUUCAGCUCGUCUCUGACGCUGAGUUACCAGAGCUGCAUGCAAUACCUUACCUAUAGGCACACUAUAAAUAUGUAGAACAGCAUUCGGAUGCUUCUUUGUGCCUUUAAUUUUUCCGCCUUCUGCUGUAAUCUGUAAUUUAGCUGGCUUGCAUGAGUCACAAAGCUUUCUACUCUGUAAGUGUCUGUUAAUGUCGCUGCAUGUUUCUGGAGCACUAGUUUGGAAUGUGUGGAUUAGUAUGUGGAGUGGCAACACCUGAGUGGGUGGCUAUUUCAUCCUUUGGAACACUAGGAUUCUAUGCUUCCCCUUAGCUCAGUUUUUUAUGGUUGGAAAGGAUGGGAUUACACAGUAUGAGAGCCCACAGAAUGUCCUACAUUUGGGGGUUGUGUCUUGGGGGGGCCUAGCCAUUCUGAUUGUUCUGCUUUUUCCAUUGCUCCAGACUGGCUGCCCACCCUUCAGCUUAUUCGCCAUGGCUCCAAAGCCGUCACUCGCCAUUGGAGACCUAUGCAUUUUGUGCGUCAGAAGCUGAUGGAGGUGACAAAAUACAUCCCACCAAAGCCUUUGAUCCCGGAGAGGUGCAUCAAACCCCAAGUGAAACAAGUUGAAGAGGUAACAACACCACACACCCUUCUGCGCUGAUUGUUACUGUCUAAACUCUAUGGUGCAGAGCCCUCAAAAUCAUAGAGUAGGCUCUCUGCCCUUCUUUAUCCGUGUUUUUGCCAAUUGCAGCAGGGCUGUUAUGAACUCUGAAUGCAAAUGAUGUUUGAUGUUCUGCUCUUUUCCUGAAUCUUCCCUGUAUUCCUUUCAGUGCCUGCUGAAGACAUUAUUAUAUAGACAAGCCUACCCCACCUACUCUGACGUUUAGAAAGUUUUAGGCAGUUUUAUUUGUUUUAGUCUUCUUUGCCGUGGUUUUAAUGUUCUGUAUGUUUUAAAUUACGGUUGUAAACUUUUGGUGAUAAUGUUAUUGCUUUAUCUGUAAACUGCUUUGAGGUUUUUCUACAAUAUAGCUCUGUGUGUGUGUGUGCGCGCGCGCGCGCGUGCGCACACACACACACACACAUACACAUAUAUAUAUAUACAGCGGUACCUCAGAAGUCCAUUCGACUUCCAAAACGUUCAGAAACCAAGGUGCGGCUUCCAAUUGGCUGCAGGAAGUUCCUGCAACCAAUUAGAAGCUGUGGAAGUUGUGUUGAACGGGUUCCAAAGAACGUUCGCAAACUGAAUGCUCACUUCCAGGUUUGUGGAGUUUGGGAGCCAAAACAUUCGACUUGCAAGGCGUUUGGGAUCCAAGGUACGAGUGUGUGUGUGUGUGUGUGUGUGUGUGUGUGUAUAUACGCACACAUACAUACCUUUUGAGGCAGAAUCAUUGGCAAGCCUUGUCACUUUGGCUCUUAACUGUUUGCCCCAAGUGAAGGAUUGGAGGUACACAAAACAGGUCACUGAAUUUUUGUUCUGGAAAAUAAAGUCCUUGAAAAAGGACUCAUUUGCAGAGAAUCCUCUUUAAGGGCUUGAAUUGAAGGAACUACUUAGGGUAAUGCAAAGGUGUCUUAUUACCUAAUGGAAUUCACUCUCCUAUGACAAACAAUUACUGAAACUUUCCUCAUUGCUAUGUGAUACAGGGAAGGCUGCUCAUCACUCUAAAGUUGGUUUCCAUAACUCACAAAUAUAUAUUUUACAAGAGUUUGUAGUAUAGAAGUAAAUAAAUAAUAAUGAGUGAUAAUCACUAUAGUAGGUUUUGCACAUGUUGCCUGUUUAGCCUGGAUAUAGCUCAGUUGGUUAAGAGUGUGGUGCUGAUAACGCCAAGGUUGCAGGUUCGAUCCCCAUCUGGGGCAGCUUCAUAUGCCUGCAUUGCAGGGGGUUGGACUAGAUGAUCCUCAGGGUCCCUUCCAACUCUGUGAUUCUUUGAAGUCACAGGGAUAAAGCUUCAUAGCACGAAAACUUUCUAACAGAGUUCAGGCUUGAAUGAAAACAUUUCAUUUGGUUUUAAUGCUUCACUAGGUAUGCACAGAGCAUGGAAAUGCCCUGUUCCCUGGGCAGGGUAAGUAGAUCUAAAUCAGUUGCUUAAAUCAUCGGGAACACCAUGUCAAUUUAAACCACUGAUUUAAAUCAAGUUUAAUCUAAUUCAUUUGUUUUCUGAACAGGCAUGCAUACUGCUUGCCAUUGCUGUUCAAUUUGCAACUGAACCGAACCUUUAUGUUACCUACAGAGUUAACUCAAAACCUCUGCACUCUGCCUGCCUUUCGCAGCACAGGAUUUACAUCUGUGUAGCUUUCAGCAGCUUUGUGGGUUUUCACUCUUUUCAAGUCUAAUGGCAGCAAACAAAAUUUCUCGCCUUCCCCAGGAAAAUGGCUACGUGAAGCUGUUGCGUCGAGAUGUCGAACAAGCAUUCCACGAGAGUAAAAUGAUUGCUAUCUGCCAGUACAACGAAGUUCCUGCAAAUGACAUGGUACUCAUGGGGUAUCGACUGCGGAAGUACAACAUCCAUGUCAAAUACUUCCCCAAUGAGGUACAGUUACAUGCAAACAGUUCUUUUAGGAAUAGAGAGGGCAACGUGCCUUAGAGCAUGUUGCCUCAUUUUCCCCCAAGCAAUUUUCCGUAUCCUGUGAAAGCAAACCUUAAUCAGAGCUAAGCUUUGACAUGCAAAUCUGCUGUAUUGGAUAUAUAAAAUGCUGCAUGAGGUGCCAGUAUUCAUUGAUAUCUUGACAGACUUUGUAUCUGGGCAGCGGAUAAGCAGAAACUGCUGUUGCUUAGGCAUUUCAUUUGUUGUUUAGUCGUGUCUGACUCUUCAUGACCCCAUGGACCAGAGCACGCCAGGCACCUCUGUCUUCCACUGCCUCCCGCAGUUUGGUCAGGCUCAUGUUUGUAGCUUCAAGAACACUGUCCAGCCACCUUGUCUUCUGUCAUCCCCUUCUCCUUGUGCCCUCCAUCUUUCCCAACAUCAGGGUCUUUUCCAGGGAGUCUUCUCUUCUCAUGAGGUGGCCAAAGUAUUGGAGCCUCAGCUUCACGAUCUGUCCUUCCAGUGAGCACUCAGGGCUGAUUUCCUUCAGAAUGGAUUUCAUUAGAAAGCACCAAUUUCCAGCAAGUUUGGCAUGCGAAAUUUUGAGACCCUUUUGGAGACAUCUGCUCAGAAACAACAACAUCCAAGGAAUUUUGAGUGAAGCGGAAAUUUUGAUUUGGCUGGCAAAAUUCCCUAGAGGGCCUUCUCGUCCCUUGCCCAAUGUAUAGCAGCAAAAUAUCAAAUGGCAAUUAGAGUCUGACCAGUCCAAUGGCUCAGUCCAAUUCUACAGCAUACUAAUCCAACUACUUCUCCCAGUCCCCUGUAUUUUCUUCCCCAUAUCCCCCUAACUAGAUUCAGCCUUUCCUUCAACUAAAGGUUGCCUUAUAGCUAGUGGUGCCAGACCGCAACCCGGAGACCCUUCAUGGUCCUUUAAAAGUUCCAACGCAAUAAGAGAGGUUGUAGUUACAGCAUCACUUAACUCUCUCUUCUUCUUUUUUUAGAAAAUCUUUAUUAAUUUUCACAUAGACAAAUAUACAUGAAAUACAUAACAUACAUAAGAUAACAUAUAAUACAGAAAACAAUACAAAUGAAUGAAAACAAUGGAAUAAGAAAAGAUAGAAAUAACGAACAUAAACAAAUACAAUAUAUUACACUUACAUGACAAAUUAAAAUAUAUAACUUCCAAUAAUUUUAUACUACUUAUAUUAUCUGUAUUCACUUAACUCACUUGUAAAUCAAAACUGGAGUCCUGCCCUGGUUCAGCAGGUAUUUCCCCCAUGUUUAAUUGGUUCUUUACUUCCACCUUUCCAGGUCAUGAUACCCUUUCUUUCGGAAUCCAAAUAUAAGAAUCUCCUCCCUCUCUUUGUGGGGCGCAACCUCCUACUGAUGAGUCCGGAAACGAGGGCACAGGAAAUGCUGCGAGUCCUGAGGGGUGUGCCACAGAUCAAUCUCCUAGGUAAAUGUUGAAAGAUGGAUGGCUAAAUUCUGUGUUAUCAUAUGGAUUCAGAAAUGAGGACCAGGUCAUGAGUUGAGGUAUUCUGGAAUGCAGAUUUCCAUCUGGAUAUUGAGGCAGUGAUUCACAACUCUUGUUGAUUUAGCAAGCAUGGAAGCAUCCCGAUGGAAUUUUAUUACCAAUUAAAACAGACUUCACAGGCUGGUAAAUAGAGAGGCAAAUGCAGCCUAAUGCUCAUCUCUGUACUAUAGCUUCCUAAAAGAUUACAUCACAUGCUGACUGUUGUAAUAUUAUUAAAUAGUUUUAAGCAUCAAAGUGAAUACAAAAGGCAGUUGUGGUGCAGUCCCUAUUCAAAAGGCUUAUCUUUGGUGAUCGCUCGUAGCCGAGUAAAAUUGUCUUCCAUGAACACGGUUUUAACACUGAGUGUGUAAGUGACUGUGGAGGCCAAUUCUGGAUCCACACAUCCUUCCACAGUGGGGACAUAGGUUUCCGGGUGGGACUUGAUCACGGUGAGGAUUUGCCAAGCGUGCCUUCUUCUUAGCACAUUUCUCCCUUUUGUCCUGAGUUCAAGCACCUUCAAAGUCCAUGACACCUUUGGUAAAGGCUGUUCUCCAGUUGGAGUGCUCGCAGGCCAGUGUUUCCCAGUUGUCUGGGUUUAUACUACAUUUUUUUUUUAGAUUUGCCUUGAGAGAGUCUUUAAAACUCUUCUGUUGACCGCCAGCAUUACGCUUUCCAUUUUUAAGUUCGGAAUAGAGUAUAUCAACUUAUUCAGCUAAUAAGAUAGGAGUUGGGGAAAGCAAGUGGGGGAUGCCAGCAACAACAAGUGUGGAUGGCAGAGGGGUGAGUCAGGCAGCAAUGAAGGAAAGGCUCUUGAUAACAGAGAGGAAACCAGUGAACAUCGAGCUACAGGGAGAGGCCAUAGAAUGGUCUGAAGACAGACGAUGCAGAUUCCUUACCAAAGCUAAGGGAAUCUGGCCCUGGAAAUAGCCUGGAUGUGAGACCACUUGGGAAACAUGCAAAGUUCUUUGGAAAGAAGAGGUGGGUAAAAACUGAGACUCGGGUGCAUGAACUUGAAUGCCCCGUGCUAACCCAGCUGUGUCUGCCUGGGUACCGAGACUCAGCACACCAUUAUUCCAGGUUAGUCCAUUAAUUUCAGUGCACCUCCUUUGAGUAGGACGUUGUUGGAUACAACCCUAUGUCUCCUUUAAAAAAUGAUUGUCCUUUAAAAAAAAAUAUUCAAUCUACGACCAGUACUAUAAUGUUUUGAUUUGGCAACCCUCUUCCAAAUCACUUUUUUUUUAGUUUUUUAUUUAUACUUUUCAAAUUUAUACAUUUCAUUAGAUUUACAAUCAAUUGAACAUUUCAAAAUUUGAGUUCCUUCUCCCGCUUUCUGUGGUUCCUUAAAUUUGUUUUUUAAUACCUUCUGCAUAUCCAAGUUCAUUUAACUUGCUCAUUUAAUUAUCUACUGUAAAUAUAUACACUUAUAAAACUGCAAGUUAUUACAAUAAUCCUGCUAUUGUUUUUAUCUGUUUACAAUUUAUCUGUAAAUAUUCAAUAAACCAUUUCCAUUCUUUUACAAAAAGUUUGUUAUUUUGAUUUCUUAUUCUUCCGGUAAGUUUCUCCAUUUCUGCAUAUCCCAUAAGUUUUUGUAUCCAUCCUUCCUUUACUGGGACUUCUGCUUCUUUCCACUUUUGGACAAGUAACAUUCUUGCUGCUGUAGAAGCAUAGGUAAAUAAAUUUCUAUACAAUUUAGGUAGUUCUGUCCCCAUAAUUCCCAAAAGAAAAGCUUCUGGGGUUUUUUAAAAUAAAAGUUAUUUUGAACAUCCUUUUCAAUUCAUUAUAUAUCAUUUCCCAGUAAUCUUUAACCUUACUACAAGACCACCACAUAUGAUGAAAAGACCCUCUUUCUCUUUACAUUUCCAACAUUUGUUUGAUUUAGAUUUAUACAUUUUUGCCCGUUUACUUGGUGUUAGAUACAAACAAUAUAUCAUUUUCAUAUACUGUACUUUUCCGUCUAUAUUUUGGGGGGCUCAAAUUUAAGAAAAUGGGGGGAGAUGGCACAGAGUUGUUCAGCUUUUUUUAGGGGAAAUUGCUGAAAAUCAUUCACCCGCCGGCAUUACAAAAUCCGACUCUCUUCUGUCGCCUCACUGGCAGAAGCUGACAAUCGCCCGCCCUAUUGCUGCAGCGUCAGCCAAUCACCACCACCCAUUGACGCAGCAACCAAUAACACUCACGAUAGCUGCUGAUGGCCACGGCAGCAACCAAUCAAACAUCCACCCCAUGGCACUAUCCAUGUAUAAGACCACCCCCUUUUUCUAUCAUGAUUUUCACAAAAAAAUACCGAGUCCUAUGCAUGGAAAAGUACGGUAAUCUUCCCUUAAACUAUAACAUGCUGUAAAUUUUAUAUCCAUGUUCCACAAUCAUUCCCAAUCUUCCAUAUCUAUAUUAUGACUGGUAUCUGUCAUCACUUUUUUACUUUUAGUACUUCUGGAUGUUCCUGACGGUGCCUAUUUUCUCAUCCUUCCAGGAGCUUGUGUUGACAACACCAUCCUAAGCAAACAAGGUUUCACAAACUAUGCCAAACUGCCGUCCAUGGUGACUGCCCAAGGGGAGGUUGUGGGUGCCCUCUCUCUCAUGACAUCCCAGACUAGCACACUUCUACAACGCGGCCCUGUUCACUUGACUUCCUUGCUGGACCAGUAUGUCAAACAGCAGAACUGUGAAUCAGUUGAAGCAAAGGAGACAGGGACUCUGGACUAGUCGGAAGCCCUUUGAUGAACUUUCUUCCCAUUUCUGCUCAUUGCUUCAGGCACAACUUGUAUUCUGUUUGUUGCAUGUUUGUAUCCUGGGUGGGUCAAAGUUGGAUGGCUAAAUUCUGUAUAUCAAGUGGAUUUGGAAAUGAGGAUCAGAUCAUGAACGAGGUAUAUGCUGGAAUGCAGAUUUCCAGCUGGAUAUUGAGGCAGUACUGGAUUCACAACUCUCGUUGAUUUAGCAAGCAUGAAAGCAUCCCGAUGGAAGUUUAUUAUCAAUUAAAACAGACUUCGCAGGCUGAUAAAUAGAGAGGCAAAAUGUUAAAUGCGGCCUAAUGUUCAUCUCUCUUGUACAGCUUCCUAAAAAAAUUAUGUCACAUGCUCACUGUUGUAAUAUUAUUAAAUAUUUUUAAGCAUCCUG